AUGUCGACUGGGAGUGUAGCAAAGAGGAUUGCGGCUUUGGAUUUGCUUAAUCUUAAUUUCAAAAGAAAAUUUGCACAGUAGGUGGUAUUUCCAAAGCGCGUAAAGAAAAAAGUUAAAAAGCAUGUUUCAUUAUUGCCCAAACGUACAAAACAUGUCCUAUCUAAGGUUCAUAAUUUUAUUAAUAAAAUUUCAAAACUCUUUCUUAACAAUUGAUAGUGUAAUAUAUAAAUGUAAGGAGGGUAGGACUGCAGGUACACUGUCCGCCAUGGCUCUCUCGUACAUUAUCGUCGCCUUGGUCAUCCAGGGUGCGUUCACGAACGCAAAUGAAACCAGUACUGAAGAAUUUGCACACAGCGGCGAUGCAGGGAGCUAUAACAAUGAUACGGAAGCCAAAGAUGAUACUGUAAAGGAGUUCAACGCCGUCCCGAAUGACUGGAUAGACUUUUUCCUCAUUCCUGACUCCCAAAUACUCCCCACAUCUUCCGUAGCCAUGAUGUCUCACAUUAACGACUCGGACAAAACUGACGAAGAAAAAAUUGAAGAAAUGAAGGCAAUUGCUCAACAGAUCACUUACGCUUUACAAAAGGAGAUGACUAACCUCCUCUCUUAUGCGAUGAGUUCAUACGAUCAGGAAGUAGCACCUGAAACCAACCGCGGCAAGCGGUCAGCAGACACACCGAUGGCCAGCACGAAAAUGAUCAACAGACUGCUGAACCACAUCAAAGCCAGCACCGAAUACCAAAGCAUUUGCAUCGAAAAGAUGAUGACAGCUCAAGAAAUCGCCGAUAAAUACGGAGUAGACUACAGGCCCGACACUGAAAUCUUAUCUGAAUUAGCAAUCAAAGCAAACGAACAAGCUAACGACAUGAAUGAGAUGUUGAAAGACGCCAUCGAAAUGAAGAACGUCACCCGAAAGGAGGAGCAAUGUCACGAUCAAGACAACGACAGUUACUACGUGUAUACUGUCCAAUACCCGGAAAUGUCGCACAAGGACCAGGUGUUGCCUACACAGCCAGCAAUGAACCACCAUCACCACGUCGACUCGUACCCUAGCCACAGCCACUACUACCCUUACGAGACUCAGAUCCCUUCACCCGUGCCGAACUACUACAGUCCUCCAGUCAGCAAGCGCCCUAACUUCUACGAGACCGUGUCUUACGGCCCUCAAGACUUUUCUCCCUACUGUACCGUCGAACCCGUUUCUUUUAUCUACCCGUUGGAGGAUUAUGUUGAACCAGAGCCGGAGUUAGUAGGGGAGGAAAUGGAGGAGACUGUGUCUUCGAAGGUGUCCGUCAUUCGCGGAGAUGAGCCCGGCUCUGCGACUGUCAACCACGUUAUGACGUACACGGUUGGUGAAGCGUCCCACUUCAGAACGCCACAGAUUGAGAGGCUACCGCAACAUAUGCAGUACUCCUUCUUUUUGAUGUAGAUAAAUUAUUGUAUUUUUUUGUAUAUACAGUCUU